GAGCGGCGGGGCCGGGAGCAGCACCAGCACCACCGGGACCAGCGGGGAGGAGCGAUAGCGGCGGCGCUCACCUCUGGAGCCGGCCCCGGGCUCUUUCCGUCCUCGGUGGGCCCUUGGCCGCAGCCGUUCCUGCGCGCUCGCUGCAGUCUGCGAUGCUGAGGCCGCGUUGUCAGCAGGGCCGCGAGGGAGGCAGGUGCGGGGAUAACGGGCCCGGAGCCGUCUCGCCGUGAGGCGUUCGGUAGCGGCCGUGUGGUGGCACCCGAGCGCUGGGUCCGCCUCAGACUUCCCUGCAGCAAGAGAAAACUUCCAGCAAAAUCUUCUCAGCAACAGUUACUGCUUCAGGCUGAGGAGUCAAACAAAGUUGAGGGCGGGAUGUCGGAGCUGAGCGACGAGGCCAGCGAGUCGGAGCUGCUGAGCCGCAGCCUCUCCAUGUGGCACGGGGUGGGACAAGUGCUGUGCUGGGAGGAGCUGGAUGUGCCUCUGGACCUGCACACGGCCUCCUCCAUCGGGCAGUACGAAGUGGUGCAGGCGUGCAUCCAGCGUGGAGACAUGGAUUUGAACAAGAGGAACUGUGGGGGCUGGACCCCACUCAUGUACGCUUCCUACAUCGGCCACGACAACAUCGUGCACCUGCUGCUGGAGGCAGGAGUGAACGUGAACAUCCCCACCCUGGAGGGCCAGACUCCCCUCAUGCUGGCCUCCAGCUGUGGCAAUGAGAGUGUUGCUUACUUCCUUCUACAGCAAGGGGCAGAGCUGGAGAUGAAGGACAUCCAUGGCUGGACUGCUUUGUUCCACUGCACCAGUGCUGGGCACCAGCAGAUGGUCAAGUUCUUACUGGAGAAUGGGGCAAAUGCCAACUGCAAGGAGCCAGUGUAUGGAUACACACCUCUGAUGGAAGCAGCUGCUUCUGGCCAUGAGAUAAUUGUUCAGUACCUUCUCAAUCAUGGAGUGAAGGCAGAUGUCAGAGAUAACACUGGAGCCACAGCACGGACCCUGGCCAUGAAGUAUGGGCACACCAAGAUUGUGGGGCUGAUAGAUUUGCAUGCAGCCCCAGUGCCCAAAGUCUUCUGCAGAGGUCCAGGCAACUAUGAGGAGCUGAGUUCUUCAGAUGAAUCGUGUUCUGCUCCCCAGAGACAGAGACCUGCUCGUAGGACCAAGGGUCCCAGCAUCCAUGAGGGGCCCCAGGCCUUGGCCAAGAUCACAGCAGUUGGGAUUGGGGGAAGAAGGCAGUUUUGCCAUGAUCCAGAAGCAGUUACAUUUCCUGCAGGACCCUCCAUGGUUAACUCUCAUCCCAACGUGGGUUCUCCCUUACUGGCGCCCACGGCGCGGCCGCCCCCUCUGGGCUAUGUCACCUUCAACAACUGUGGCAGCUGUGAGAUGCGUGUCUUCCGCUACAGGGACGUCACCUCCCCCAUCAACGAGCUGGACUUGGAGACCAGCAGCAGCAGGGAGGAUAGUGCUUUGUCCAGCAGCAGCUUGGGAACCCUCAGGAGCGACAGCAGCAGCAGCAGUGAAUACCUGUUUAGAAUCCCAGGAGUCAGCAGUGAAGGCUCCUUGGAGAGCAAUGAGGACUCUGACCACACCAACAGCCCCCCGAGUCGGAAACAAGCCAAGAGCUUUAAGAUCAAGACCCGUUACAGCAACAGUGACAGCCAGUGGAGCCACUGCCUGGGGAGGGCUGGGGGCUGCAGCCAGCACCUGGUCCUUCCUAAGCCCCCAGCCUACACAGGGCCCAAGGACCUGGCAACAUUCCUUGAGGAGAUUGGGUGCCUGAAGUACCUGCAGGUGUUUGAGGAGCAAGACGUGGACCUCCGGAUCUUCCUGACCCUCACAGAGAGUGACCUGAAGGAAAUAGGCAUCACGCUGUUUGGCCCCAAGAGGAAGAUGACCUCGGCCAUCGCGCGCUGGCACAGCAGCGCCCGCCCGCCCAGUGACGCGCUGGAGCUGGCCUAUGCCGAUCGGCUGGAGGCAGAGAUGCAGGAAUUGGCCAUCCAGCUGCACAAGAGAUGUCAAGAGGUGCAGGUGAUGAAGGGCCAGGUGUGCCAGGAGCAGAAGCUGCGUGCAGUGGCUGAGAGCUGUUUGAUGGAACGGGAUGAGACCUGGAAUACCAUCCAGUGCCGGCUCAGAGAGGCUCAGGCCAUCACCAAGGAUGCUGGAGUCCUGCUGGAUCAGAUCAAGAGCUGCCAGGCAGAGCUGUCCUCCCGGCUGGCCCUGGCGGGCGAUGGAGCGCCGGACACGCAGGAGCAGCACGGCACCGGGGAGAGCCAGCGGCCCGGGGAGCGCCCAGUGCUGGAAGGGUGGCCGCCUUCCCUGAAGUCCCUGAGCUUGCCUGAGCUGUCAGCUGUGCUGGAGAAGUGUGUGGGAGAGAUGGGAAAAGCUCUGCAGACUGUGACUCAAAACCUCCAAAGGCUCCAAGCUCUGGGGCAGAGCGGGCAGAGCUGGCCAAAGCCAUAACCAAGCCAGGAGGGAAUACUGACGUCGGGUGACUGUUCCACCCGGAAGCUGAGUGUGCCUGGGAGAGGGAGCACGGGGCCCGUGCCGGCAGCACCGCGGCUCUGCCGAGAGCCACCACAACUGCUGGGGCUCAGAGGCUCCAGAAAACACAGCUGGGAGGACGAGGGACAGCAGAGGACAACAACCAGCAGCUCUUGGGGCCUGACUCAAGGCUCCCAGGAUUUUUGUUUGAAAGGUUUAGGUUUGGAGGAGAAGCUCCAAGCCUGGAAGUUUUAUCUGCUUUAAGUUUCCUGCAGCCCUUGUUGUUCAGGUCUGGGUGGUGGUAGAAAGGUGGCAGUUGCACACAGCAGUCAAUUCAUUUUCCUUUUCUGCAUCCCAAGCUCCCCAGAGCCUCUAAAACAUGUGCCUGGCUCCUGUGGCAUGGGGAUCGACUCAGAGAAUGGAUCUGAGGCCAUAAAAAGGCAAUUUGUUGUGGAGGGGUGAAAGGAGUGGAGUUUGUGAUGUUUGGCUCUUUGAGCUGCAGUGGAGCUCAAAGUGCAGUCCUGUUCCUAGUCAGAAUGUCUGCUCUACUGCCACCCCAGAUCUGGGCUUCAAAGCCUGUUCCUCCAACCAGCCCACUCAGUUCACUUUGGGUUUUGCUGUGCUCAGGGGCCAGGUGUGAUCACGGUGGUGGGUUAGGAAUGGCAUUCACUGAAACACUCCCUACUCACCCACUCCCCUUCCUCCCCUCCCCUGGGGUGGGCUGGGGAAGAGAACUGGAAGCACAAAAGGUGAAGAUCACUGGUGGAAAUAAAAGCAUUUACUGGAAACAGCAAUGAGAUAAGGAACAGUAAUAACAGAAGUGUACAGGAGAGGUGCUGGGCCUGCAGAAAUGAACCCUGUCCUGGCCAGAACCAGGACAUCCCCAAGAACUUGGCUUUGUGGUCAGUGCUUCAGGGCAGAGGUCACUGCUCUGGUUUGCCAGGGCCAAGAUCCCAGAUAUUCCCCUGAAAGACAGGUGAGAGAGAAGGCAGAGCUGGGACUGCUGAGCUUCCUGUGCCUCUGGCAAGCAGGGGAGUGCCAGGGCAGCAGAGCAGGAGCAGGGAUUGCUCUGUGCCCCAUGGGAGGUGGGCAAAGGAGCCACAGCCCAGAGCUCUGGUGCCAAGCUUUGCUCCACACUGCUGCUGCCUGUGAUUUACAGGCUUUAGUGUUGGGAAGUAGUUCUGCCAGGGCAUUCUUGGGUGGGCAUUGCCAAGGACAGACAGUGCAGGAAGAGGCUGCCAUGCCCCUGGGAUUGGGUGAGGGGUGUGGUGCCAGGGACCUUGGUGUGAAGCAUUUUCCAGUGACUCUGUUCCCAUUUAUUCCUGAAUCCUGUAAGGGGGAAAAACACAACAAUCCAAAUCUGAAAUCUAUGAGUGAUGGCCUUGAUGAAUCAGGAUGAGUCCCUUUGGGGAGAGGAUGGAACUGUGUGUUCCUUCCAGAUUUUGGACCUUGGGUACAGAUCCCAAAUAUAAAAACCCAUCCAGCUUCAUCUUUUCAGCUGCUCAACCUUUUGAUGAGGUGCCUGAGUCCCUUGAGCCAGGGAUGACAAGGGGUCUGCCUGGGGUGUCUGUGCCAGGCAGGUAUGGCCCUCUCAGCUGUGACCUUGUGCCUUCUUCCACUUCAUCCUGAAGAGUUUGGAUGAGGUGGAGGGAAUUCUCCUCAUCCAGCACCACUGGAAACUCCACAGAGGGCUGAGGCUGUGCUGGGCAGAGUGUUCAGGGCUUUGGCCCUCAUUCCCUGGCACUGGAGGAAGGGUGGGGAGUGCCAGGGUCUCUCCCUAGCCUUGGUGGUGCCUCUGGCUGCAGUAAUCUGGGAUUGUUAGUGCUGUCUACCUUGAAUUUAAGGCAAAGCCCCCUGCAAAAAAUGCUAAGGGAAAGGGCCUGGGGGCACCUGGAGAGCCAAGGAAGCCCUGGCUCAGCAGUGCCUCAGAACAGUGGCUGGAAGGUGAGGUGACUACAGGCUGGCUUUGCUAUGUCUGAGGCUGGAAUGAAGGAUUUAGAGGAUCUGUCUAAUAGCUUAGAAUGCCUGGGACGAGGGAGAUGUGCCAGGGUGGGUGUGAAGGAAAAAGGCUCCAAACAGCUGCUGCAGGAGCUCUGGUGUAAAGGCUUAAGGGAUGUGAGAGCACACAUGGGGCCAGGAGCAAGGGGGUCUUGUACAACAGAGUAUCCCUGAGGAGACAAUUCCUUAACUGCAGGAGGUGAAGCAGCAGCCAGGGUGGCUGUGCAGGCAGCAGGAGUCUGGUGCUACCCUAAGGUGAGCUGUCCAAAGGAAAAUAGCAUCUGCUGACUUGGAUACAUGAAUAAAAGCUGAGAACGCUGUG